UGAUCCUUUUUUAUGUACAAAUGUCUCGAUGUUAAGAACAAGGUCUAAUUCAGUUUGUUUUGCUGAGAAAGUUGUCCAAAUGUGGGUGCUGUUUUGUGCAAGAUCAUUAUGUCUACUAUGUUGGUCGUACUUCACUGAUUUGAUUGUUUUGUUAAUUGGUCUGGGUAUUACGUUAUUAGCUGUUUAUCGAUUUGGGUGAUGAGGAGUAGUUUUUAUUUGAUUUCAGCAAACCAUUUGCUUAUUUUUUUGAGUUGAUUUUCUUUACUCCGUCAAAGAACAAGUUUUGGCAAAUUGUAUUUCCUUUAGUGUGAUGAAAUCUAAGCUUUUGUUUUAAUUAAUUUAGUUCUUAGAAUUUGUUUGCUUCUUGGUUGGUUAUAUAUGCAAUUGUUGUUUGUUUUCUUUUCUUUGAUGUCCUUGUUCUAAAUUGACGUUUGAGGAAAAGUUGGGUAUAAAGUUGUUUAUUUGUUCUAGUUAGAAUUAAUAGUGAUUAGCUGUAGUAUUUUUGAUUGUUUAGCACGCACCAUCUUGUAAAGCUAUUUUGGGACAGGUUGUUGAUUAUACUUUGAAAAGUAGUUUAAUUUACCAUUCUGACUUAGACAAAAGAGAAGUAGAGAACCUGUUAUUUCUUUCCCUUUAUUUGAUCUUUAUGUUCUGCUUGUGGUCUUGCAAUUAUCUAUGUUGAGAGCUUUUUGAGAAUAUACAUUCCUGUUAUAUUUGUGAACUGUGUUAGUCUUAUUAGAAGCUUCAGUUCGUUAAUGUCACUUACAUCGGAUUCGUUCUUUUCUUCCUGAUUUUGUUGUUGGGUCUUAAGGGUCGCGGCUUAUGGCUUUCGGUGGUUAGUAGUGAAAUCAGAUCUCUGAAAUGCGAUGCUUUUGUGUACUUGUUCAUCUGGGACCAAAACCAAGUUUGUCUUUGCAAGCCCAGCCAAAUCUGCAGAGAUCCUUUUCAAGUACAUUUCUGCUGAGCAUGUUCCUAUACAAUAUGGAGGUUUGAGUGUGGAUUACUGUGAGUGCAACCCAGAAUUCACCAUUGCUGAUCCGGUCGCUGAAGUAACCAUCAAACUUGGGACAAAGAAGACUCUGGAAAUUAUAAUUUAUGAGAAGUGCACCAUCAUAUGGGAACUCUGUAGUUGGGUGGGAUGUGAGCUAUGGAGCUGAAUUUGUUCCGGUUCCUGACUCUAUACUGAUCAUUCAAACAGCCACAAAGAUGACUCCAACUGAUGAACCAUUAAAAGGGAUUUCACAGUUUGUUGGAGCUUCAACAGGAACUUGGAAUCUUAAAAUCCCUGUUAAAGACGCACUAAGUGAUGGUCAUGGUCAUAAUUCUCCUCCUCCGAGAGCUUAACUUCUUAUGUAAAAAUAUGAGUCUGGUUUAAACACCACUUCUGUAAUAUGUAAAGUUAUAACAUUUUCAAUUAAUGUUUCUUAGCUUAUUAUUAUGACUGUUUUACGUACAAAAUUUCAAUGCAAAUCCGCAGCAUCACGCGGGGAGUAUUGGUUAGA